AUGAUCUUGCCAGCCCGUGGUGGGUUGACAGCGAGGGUGGCCAUUUCGCUUGUACCCACAUCCCUCUAUAUUCAUGGCGUGUACCGGAUCCACGAAAUUGACAUCAUUCACAAGGCCGAUAUGUUGAUGGCCAGAUUGGCCAUCAUCUUGGCGAAUCGGGCCAUUGGCGUGGGAACGCUCCUGUCGUCGGGAGUUGCACUGUGGAUGACCAAAGUGUGUUAG